AUGUCAACAGAUGGAAACUUGCACAGUGUGACAUCACGUACAAACCCACGGGGAAGAUCGACGGUACGCAGCUUUUACGAAAAUGUUUAUGUGGCUUCGUUGCGCCCGGGUCUCAAGCUGAGAAGCCCACAACUCCAGAUUUUGCGAAAGCACAACGUGGUCAUAAGCGACAAGGUUGUCGUAUACCGCCAGGAAGUCACAGAGGAGGCGACUUACCGACCUGAAGAGGAGACUCUGGGCUGGAAUGGAGGUUGUGGCGUGGAUAUCAACAUGGAACGCGAGCGCAGUUUUGGCUCAUACGCCGGAAUUGAUGAUUUCAUUGGGGCCCUCCCUGUGAAACAGAUGUACAAAGUUUAUGCAGAGCUUUGUGCAGGCAAGCAAGAUCACCUUCACGAGUACAUUAUGAUGCUGCGAUGGCUGAGAUCCUCCAUGGAAAUUUCGGAGGUCUACCUUGAGUAUACCCGGACGAAGCUCGAAGAACACUACAAGUGCUACAAGAAAAUGAAAGCGGACGAAGCUGUUGAUGACGAGGUAAUUUACCUCCACAAGAAGGACGGGUUCCACAAGAAACGUGGCUACAGUAUUUUUGUAUAUCUAAGUAUGGCCAUGACCGUCGUCAACGUAUUGGCGAAGCAAAUUGACAAGUAUGAAUGGCAGCAGUGCCAAUGCACCAAGUGCGCGUACUAUCGGUCGCCCGAGUGGCGCCAAACGAGACCUGAUGACAUUACGCCUGCCAUGUUACCUCCAAUGAGAUUUUAUCGCCGCGGAAGCAAAGGAGUGAGCCCCUCUGAAAAGAUUUACCGCAAACAGCGUGGACAGAAGUUAUAA